AUGCUAAGACUAGACCGAUAUACGCAUCAAGCUGAGAUUAACCUAGCACCAUUUGUGAUCUGCAGUCUCGAAACAGCGGUCGCAAUACUCUUGUUACGGUCCAUCAAAGCGUCAAACUUUGACAUCAUGCUUUGGUCUGUGUUUUCAAAGUGUUUUUCCAGAUCCCAAUUUGUCACUGCAACUGAGCACGUGGAAAUCUCUUUAUUCAGUCAGAGCAAACUCCACAACAUGUUUCGCUGCUGA